AUGCACAUUCUUGCAGAAAUUAUUGGAUAUGUCAACUUUCUCCUACACGGUAUUUUAGUCUCCUUGGUGGACUUCUACAUCAUGUUCAUUCACGUCGGACUUGUAUGGAAAAGAAGACGUGAUCGUCACCCAUCGAUGGAGCGGCGCGAUCUUGUCAUGCAACUGGCGCCACAAUCGCCGCAGCACAGCCGCCUCAGCUCAUCAGACAUGAUUUUGUCGCUUAAUGAAUCCUUUCUGGAUAGAGCUCUGUGGAAGGGACUAAAUGCAAGUUGGGACCAGCCCACCGCCAUUGUAACGGGGGUUUCUUAUGGAAGCAUGGGCUUCUAUGUCGCCCUAAACCUUAUUUUGUGUGGCUUUAAUGUGCAUGGUGUCUGUCGCACUUUUAAAUCUGUAAGCCAUGCAGAGCGGAUGAUGCAGUUUGCCGUGGAGCGUCAGUGCAGACUGCAUAAGGAGUGGGUGGGGAAGACAGGCCGUCUAAUUUCCCAUGUGUGUGACAUGAGCGACACUGUCGCUGUGAGUAAUCUUUGUGCCGUUCUUUUGCGCGACAUGAACAUCCGUCUUGUUGUCUGUGCUGCGGGUUACAUGGCGACGCCGCCUCGUCUCUCGCCGCAGCGGCUGGAAGAACAGUUCGCAACACAACACGUGGGUCAUAGUUUGUUAAUGCUUAGGCUUCUGCAGCACCGAAUCCAACAUAUGAAAUUUUACACUUCAGUUCGGCCUAACUGGCGCUUUGUCGUUGUUUCCUGCGCUUUUCCAGGAGGCACAGAUCCUACGCAGGGGAAUAUGUUUGAUACUUACGACAAGGGUGACGCAGAUUUUCGCUCUACAUAUAAUCGAUACGAUGGCUGGAGUCGCGCAGAGAUGUGUAAACUUUUGUUUGCCUUUGCUUUAAGUCGAUAUGUAGAACACGAUAUUCGUCUUGCGCCCUUCUGUACCGUCAAUGUGCUCCACCCCGGGCCCACCCGCAGUCGUGCGAUUGCCAAUAGCAGGCUACCACUGGCAGGUAUCCUUGACAAUGAUAUUCUUGCCCUGCUGCGCCUUUCCCCUGUAAUAAGUGCACUGUAUGUCACGGACACUUGUCUUAGCAAGCGUCUAGACAACACGAAUGGGCACUUUUUUCGCAUGGGGGACGACCAGACGGUGUUUUCCGCCACGCGGCGGAAGGAUGCCGGGACGAUAGCAAGUUUGUGGAUCAACUCGCCUUUUUUUACCGGGACGCCACUGCCAGCCGUGUCCAUGUCAACAUGCAAGCAAGACGCAGUGUGGCGCUUCACCCUCUCCUACCUCACGUCCCAUGCACUACUAGAGGCCAAAAUCUUUUGUUGA